GUUGCCACCGCGUUAACGCCAUUUUUAACCUAAACGAAAGUUUUGACAAGCUCCCAAAGUUAUGAUAAUUUAUUAAUUUCGCUGUAUAAUAAACAAUUAGCCAAAACGUAUCGCGUAGAAUUUAUAAUGCGACAGAAAAUGCCCCCGUUUCGAAGAAAGAAGACUCACAAGAGUUUCCCGGUCAAGGUGUGCACUUUAGACGCCGAAUUGGAGUUUAAUUUGGAGUGGCGGGCGACGGGGCGCGAUCUCUUCGAUCUGGUCUGUCGCACUAUCGGACUACGAGAGACUUGGUACUUCGGCUUGCAGUACGAGGACUCGAAGGGAUUCAUUUCGUGGCUCAAGCUCGACAAGAAAGUACAGGAUCAGAGCAUACACAAGGAUCCGCACAGUUGCACCUCGUUCAUGUUUCUGGCGAAGUUUUAUCCGGAAGAGGUCGCCGACGAGCUCGUCCAGGAAGUGACACAGCACUUAUUCUUCCUGCAAGUUAAACAGGCGAUUCUAUCCAUGGAUAUUUACUGCCCGCCCGAGGCGUCCGUGUUGCUCGCCAGUUACGCCGUUCAGGCCAAGUUCGGCGACUUUGACGAGGACACGUACAAACCGGGCAUGCUAGCAAGCGAAGACCUACUGCCGCAACGCGUGAUCGAUCAGUACCAGAUGACGCUCGACAUGUGGGAGGAACGAAUACGGGUCUGGUACGCCGAUCACCGCGGUAUGAGUCGCGACGAGGCCGAAAUGGAGUACCUUAAGAUCGCGCAGGACCUCGACAUGUACGGCGUCAACUACUUCCCAAUUACGAAUAAAAAAGAGACUGAUCUGUGGCUCGGCGUGACGGCUUUAGGUUUAAAUAUUUACGAAAAGGAAAACAAAUUGCAGCCAAAGACGACCUUCACGUGGUCGGAAAUUAGACACAUUAGCUUCGAUGAUAAGAAAUUUAUAAUUAAGCCCGUCGACAAGAACUCGCCGAAUUUCGUUUUCUUUAGUCAAAAAGUUCGCAUGAAUAAAUUGAUAUUAGAUUUGUGCAUGGGAAAUCACGAUCUCUUCAUGCGAAGGCGGAAGCCCGACUCGAUGGAGCUGCAGCAGAUGAAGGCCGCCGCGAAGGAGGAGAAGCAGAGGCGGCAGGUGCAACGCAAUCGGUUGGCGCGCGAGAAGCAGCUCAGGGAGGAGGCCGAACGGGAACGGGCCAAUUUGGAACAGAGGCUGUUGCAGUACCAGGAGGAAAUAAGACUCGCCAAUGAAGCGCUGCGCCGAUCCGAAGAAAGCGCCGAUCUUCUCGCGGAGAAAAGUCGCGUGGCCGAAGAGGAGGCGAUGCUUCUCAGCCAGAAAGCGUCGGAGGCCGAACAGGAAAUCACGCGAAUUCGUCUGAGCGCGUUGCGCACCGAGGAGGAGAAGGUGAAUCUCGAGCGUAAAACGCGCGAGGCGGAGAUGCUGACCGCUCGUCUCGUCGAGGAGUCGGAGAGGCGAGCCGCCGAAGCGAACAAGCUCAAGGACGAGCUGCUGCGCGCUCGCGCAGCCGAAAAGCAGGCGAAAGAGAAACUCCUCGACUUCCUCGGCCGCAACGCCUACUCGAACUCCGUCGCGGCUAGUCCAAUCCAGUCGGUCACGAGUCUGUACUCGAGCCCGUUGAGUCCGCAGAUGCACUCGGAUCUGCUCGCGCUCGAACGCGAACCCAGUCCCGCGCCCGAUCUCAACCUUAACAUUAACCUCAAUUCGUACGACCUCUUAGCGCACGGCGACGUAGAUCAGCUCUCUCUCGAAAUCGAAAAGGAAAGGGUCGACUACCUCGAAAAAUCGAAACACCUCCAGAACCAGCUGCGCGAGCUCCGUUCCGAGAUCGCCGUCCUAAAGGUCGGCGAGAAGCAGAGCGAGCUCGACCAGCUGCACGACGAGCAGGUGAAGCUCGGCGAGAACAAAUACUCGACGCUGAGGAAGAGCAAGUCGGGCUCGACGAAAUCGCGCGUCGCCUUCUUCGAGGAGUUAUAGCUGCAGUUGUAGGCCUAGACGCAAGACCUGUAAUGGUAUUAUGUAAAUAUGUAAUCGUAACGCUUCCUCUAACCAUAACACGGUAAUUCCAAUUCCGACUAAAAACGACAUUUCGACGAGAGCUUAAGGAUAAUCGUUUAAACUAUUUUCAGCUUGAUAGGACAAUAAUUUUAGGUAGUUACAGAAGUGUAUAUUUUGUAAUAAAAGAAAAGACUUGUAUAUAUUUUUCUAAAAUUGUCAAAUAUACGAAGCCACCGUUUCGUUUUUAUACCCGAUAUUUUAGCGACGGGAGCCGCAUUUGUUUUUCCUAGCUUGGAGCGUCAAGAGGCAAAUUGCGAAUUCGAUCUGAUGAUGAGCCAAGAAGCUAAACAAUGUUAAGUUUAAGAAGACAUAAAUGGGACAUACCUACGUAUGAAGACCUAUGCCUCUGAGGGAUAUCAGGAUCACAGAAUUUACCUUAAUCAUUAAUGUUAAUUCUUGUGCAGAUUUGAGGAAAAAUAAAUAAAUUUGGUACAAGGA